CCAUAUGCUUUUACUAGUUGUUUUUAGGUCCUUUUAGCACUUCGAUACGAUCUCAGUGUUUUCACCGGAAAUGGGUGGUGGUUCCGAUGACUGGCCGGAGUGGCUGCCGGCUGACUGGACGGUUAAUAUUAGAAAGAUCGAUGGAAGAACUGUUAAGUGUUAUGUUGAUCCUGAAGGACAGACAUGCUAUUCAAAGGCGGAAGUGUUUGAUUAUCUUAAGAAGACCGGCAAAAGCAUAGACACUGCGAACACUCAAAAUGCCGAUGACUCAACUACAAACUUAUCUCCGGACCUCAACGCUCGGCCUACAAAACUGACACCGAGAACUAGCAACAGGAAAUCCCAUUCCAGGGAUCUAUCUGAAGACAUGUUAGCUGGAGAUGGAUCUUCCUCUGAGCCGUUAUCAUCUCAAAGAGAUAAUAGAGAUUCUUGGCUACCUGAAGGGUGGACUGUGGAAGUGAAGGUUCGAAAAGGUGGUAACAGUAGCGGAAUGAAAUAUAAGUGCUACACAGAUCCUGCAAGUGGACAGAAGUUCUUUUCAAAGCCACAGGUUAUGAAUUUUCUUGCGAAAACAAACGGUAGUGCGGAUGUACAGAAAGAAGCAUUCACUGAACCUAUCAGCGCUACCCCGAUAUCAGCCUGGCAAGAGAAAUCCACUACAGAGCCUAACACCACUCAAGUCAAGAAGACUAUAAGCGGAAAGAAAGAAAGCGUCCGCUUCUCCUCUAACUAUGAGGUCUUCUCAAGGACUCCUGUAGAAGGAUUGCCAGCGGGAUGGAUAAAAGAAGUCAGAGUCAGAAAACAUGGACCCGCUGGUAAAAAGGAUCCGUAUUUCCUAGACCCUUUGAGUGAAUACGCUUUUUUCUCGAAAAAGGAUGCUUUGCGCUAUCUGGAAUCUGGAGAUAUAAGGAAAUGUGUCAUGAAACCACUCAUAAGGGGUGUGAAUAAUGACGACAUUCAUGAUGAGAAUUUGACUUUGAGUAUGGAAGAUUUGACCACACCUAGUCCAUCCAAAGUUACUGAAACUCCCAAAGAGGUACCAAAUGGCUUUGUAGAAGAGUCGAAAACAAACGAAAGUGGUAUACCGGAAACAAACGAAAGUGGUAUGCCGGAAACAAACGAAAGCGGUAUACAGAGCCCGAAACCGAUUCGCUCUAUAAGUGGAGGAGUUUUCAGUGUGUCUGACAAAGAAAAGUCUGAUUGGCUACCUGACGGAUGGUCUGUGGAAGUGCAGUAUAAAAAUUCCGGAAUGAAAUUUAAGGUUUUCAAGGAACUUGCAAGUGGGAAAAGGUUCUAUUCAAAGCCGCAAGUGCUGAACUAUCUUGCCGGUGGCAGUAGCAGCAACUCCGCAAAGAGAAAGGAAAGUACAACCUCGACGGCUGCGGUUAAUUCAUCCCCAAACCCGACAUCUGCUGACGCCAAACGCCCCAAAAGAGGGAGAAAGAAGCAUGAUGACAAAACCCAGGACUCUGAUUUCCAAGAAGUUAUCACAACAUCAGCAGCAGAUGGGUUGCCGCCAGGGUGGAUAAAAGAAAUCAGAACUAAGAUAUAUGCAACCCACAAAAGAAGCGAUCCGUUCUACACAGACCCUGUGUCUGGCUAUAUCUUUCGCUCCAAAUUGGAUGCUAUGCGCUUUUUGGACACCGGUGACGUGAGCUUAUGUGCGAUUAGACCAAAAGUUAAGGAUAAAGACGGAAAAGAAGUUUUUGUACCUACAAAUGGUGUGCAAAAACCAGCGAAACCCACAACGGGGAAAGGACUCUCUGAAGACAAAGAAGCUGACGCGUCAACUGAAAACCAUGAAAAGAAUAGCAUCCCCGCGAACAACACAAACCGAGUGUCCCCCAGGGUAAAAAAGCAAAGCAGUCCCGCAGCCAGCACACCUACACGAACAUCAAAACGGCAAAAGGGAAUAACUCCGGGGCCUAACCCAACAAAUGCAGGUGCCACUGAAGGCAAUGGGCCAGGCCAAGCAAAGCAGGCGUCAUGGGUGAAUCUGGAAAAACAACCCGCUGAUGAUGGCAACAUGUCUUACGAGAUUCCAGAGGACGAUACUUGGACGGACCAGUGCAUUGACUUUGCGGUCAAAACGCUUGCAAAUGAAAUACUGUAUAAUGGUCAACCGAUGUCAGGAGGUAGUUUUCAGGAGGAAAAGAAUGAGACUCCAACCAAGGUGAACUGAUGAUGUGUGAUGGAUGGGGUGCGGGUUUCUCGGUGGUUAGUGAUGUUAUUAUCUAGUUUAAUCUGAUUAUUAUGAAGUUAUGGUUAACUUAAAUCAGGAUUUUUAUGAGUAGUGUAAUGUAAUGGGUGUUUGAUGAUGUAUAAAUAAUGAACCAACUUUGUAUCAUUUGUCCAUGAGAAAACCCGAGUUUUAGGUUUGAAUAUCAAGUAUGACUGAUGGAAA